AUGGAUCAGAAAAGUGCACCUGAACCGGUGAGGGCUCACAAAGUCAUCCCAGACUGGACGAAGACUCCAGAAAUGCUUGAUAGCGGUCUUCUGAUCAGGAAAAUGGCAGAGGAAAUUACCAAGCGAGUUGUGGACAAAAUGGUAACGUCCCAGGAAUGCAUGCAACUGAAGCGCGAUCUGGAAGCCGAAAAUGUGAAUGAGUUCGAGAUUAGUCCGGCUAUCCUUUGCCUCAUACUGACUUUCGUUGUGUUUGUGAUCGCCUUUUGGGUUUGGCUAAUUUCAAGAAGUUGCGUAUUCGACCAAGUGGACAAUUGUAGUGACAAGCGCCUUCACGGUGGGCAAAUGUCAGGUACUGGAUCGGGGUCAGGAAGCGAUUCAGGUUCAGGAUCAAAAACAGCAAAAGGACCAGGACCAGGAACUUGUUCGCCAUCGAGGUCAGGGUCUGGAUCAAGAGCUUGUUCCGCUGGCAGAAUGCAAAAUAGUAGCUCCGAUAUGAUGACAGGAAUGGCGGUUCCUUCACGCCCUUGGAGAAGCUGUCCCAUUAACUUGUGCCGGCAGGAACCUAUCCCAAGUUCCAUGCAACCUUAUAAAAAAACAUACAAUGCAGAAUAUUCUCCAACCACGGAAAUGGGAUCAUCACCCAUAGCCACGUCGCCUACAAAAACAGAAUCAUUAACCAGAGAAGCCAGUCGAAGCAGUGAGACGUUUUUCAAACCUGAGGAAAAGGAAAUGGGAGUCUCAUCCUGUCGGGCGGUUGCCGGAUCGCCUUCAAGCGGCUACCAAGUGUCUUCUUUCUCAUGUUCCGAAAAGGGUUUCCCUUUGCCCACAAAGAAAUAUCGUGUGCAAUGGUCAAAAUUUAUAAAAAUAGGUCAAAAGGAUAAGUUAAAUGGUUAAAUACUCAACUACAAACUUUAGUGAAGUUUGUUUCAAAUUAUAUUUUAGUUUUCAUUAAAACGGCAUAGUUUAUCAUUUUA